CCCGGGAGUGUAUUGGAAGGGGGCUGCUACGUCAGCGCGUCUCGGCGUGAGACAGCGCUAUUCCGCUGUAACAGCUUCCGGCGGGUCCUGGAUGUUGAUGUCCUGCGUCUAACGCGGUGUAACGCCUGAAACCGAGCGAGCUCCGGAGGGGUCCGGAGGAAUUUCAGUAUCUGCUACGGUAACCUUAUCAGCCCGCCAAGAUGGCGAUGCAAGCGGCCAAGAGGGCGAACAUUCGACUUCCACCUGAAGUAAAUCGGAUAUUGUAUAUAAGAAAUUUGCCAUACAAAAUCACAGCUGAAGAAAUGUAUGAUAUAUUUGGGAAAUACGGACCUAUUCGUCAAAUCAGAGUGGGGAACACACCUGAAACUAGAGGAACAGCUUAUGUGGUCUAUGAGGACAUCUUUGAUGCCAAGAAUGCAUGUGAUCACCUAUCGGGAUUCAAUGUUUGUAACAGAUACCUUGUGGUUUUGUACUAUAAUGCCAACAGGGCAUUUCAGAAGAUGGACACAAAGAAAAAGGAGGAACAGUUGAAGCUUCUCAAGGAGAAAUAUGGCAUCAACACAGAUCCACCAAAAUAAAUGUUUUCUACAUUUUCAUUUUGGACUAAAUCCCAUGAAUGACAAUUUUCCACUUUUUUUUCCUUUUUAAUUAAUACUAAAUAUUGUGAUUUCUAAUUUGAGGUUCAACAUGACCUACUUGAAACUUUGAUACAUAUUAGAAUACAUUGUGUUAAUAAACUUACAGCUUUUUGUGAAAC